GUCUACCAUCAGGUUGUAUAUUGUGCAGACCAGGCCGAAAACCAGGUUUCACAUUGGGCUGAUGCUACAUAUAUGGCUCUUCGGACGUCCUCUCAGUCUUCCUUGUGCUCUCACCAGUCAGCCAAUGAAGUUCUCAACCAGGGUCAUUCCCAUUACUAUAUUCGCUUCCACUAUCACAACGGCCCUUGCUGCUUCUGUUCGUACCAAGCCGAGGGGUCCAGUAAAGCCAGACUCGUACAUUGUCGUGCUGAAAUCCGGCGAAGAUAUAGAACGUCAUAUCGAGGAUAUCACUCGGAUAUCCACCCGAAGCCCUGGGUCAGAAUUUUCAAUCAAUCACCGGUAUGAACUCCUGAAUGGCUACUCCGCACACGCAAUUGGAGCACCCCUUUCUCGCAUUUUCGGUUGCCCCGAAGUUAAAUAUGUCGAAGCUGAUGGCAUAGCUUCCAUUUACGAUGACCUCCACGAAGCGAAUGAGGGGUGUGCGACAGAGUGCAACGAUGUCCCAGCCGAAAUAAGGGAUGACCCAGGUGAACUCGGAGGACGCGACGGUCCACUUGGGAAUGGGGGUGGAGUGGAUAUUUAUUUGUUCGAUAGCGGUAUCUUCUUUGGGCACCUCUGCUUUGGCGGCCGUGCACAUGAUGGUUAUACCGGUAGUGAUUACUCCCCGAAUGAUGUCAAUGGUCAUGGCACAAUGAUGGCCGGGAUAGCAGUGGGGAACCCGUAUAGCGAGGCGACCGGGGCCAACAUUUAUUCGGUCAAGGUUGUCUCCGAUGCAGGCGUGGGACCUCUGUCCAAGGUAAUCGAUGGCGUCAUCUGGGUUGUCCAACGAUCCGCAUCGUCUGGCCACCAUUCCAUCCUACUGGUAACCAUUACCUUCGACUACAAUUUAGCCAUUAACGAAGCCAUCGAUACUGCCAUCAGCCAUGGUUUGCACGUUGUAGUCGCUGCAGGGAACCGAGGAAUGGACACAGGAUUAUUCAGUCCUACUUCUGUUCCUGGGGCUAACACCAUUGGCGCUAUCGAGGACUGUUUCAAAAUGGUAUCGUGGUCCAACUAUGGAGCUUUCAUCACUGUUUUUGCCCAGGGCAUCCGUCUUGUAGUUCCUUAUAUCAGCGCCCCGAACGCGCAGAAGUUCGCGAGUGGCACUGGCCUGUCAGCUGCUAAGGUUGCGAGUGCGUUAGCCAUUCAGUUAGCUCACAAGGAAUAUCUGGUGCCUCCUUCCGUCCUAAAGGGUGCCUUAAUUAGCCAUGCUGUCGGAGACGUUUGGGGCGUGCCAAUUGGAACCCCGGGCUUGAGGUUACAAUCUUUGAGCCUGUGGCACUUGGCAGCUGCAUGACCUGCUUCAGAAUCUGAUUUUCCCGCUUCUUGUACCCAGUCAUUUAUGUGUUUGCUGCUCUUUAGCAGGUGUGGACGUGCACAGUGAACCUACAGAACCGGGGCUCAAUUGGGUACCCAUUUUGCGUUGUUAAGCCUAUCUGAUAGGGUGUUUUUCUAUAAGGGGCCUCCUGCAAUUGCACUUAGGCAGGACUCCAGCCUCUAUGACUUCGUAAUAUUAUAGAGAGGCUGGAAUCAAACCUCGGUUCAUGAAUGCGGAUUUUUACUGAAUGGUUGUCGCAGUUAGAAAAGGGUUCACGGUUGCCACGGGUGACCUAAUCAAUACAGUUUGAA